AUGGUUGCUGCGCUGGACGCAGGGAAUAACACUGCGAGCAAAUUAGGGUCGCCCAAUUCCACAGCAGAAGCUACUACGCCCCUGGGGGCACAGGAUGUUGUCCAAGGGAACUGGAACCGGCUCAUGGCAACGCCCCUCCAGCUGCAAGAGACGCCUGGGCCUGCACUCCUUAUCGCGGAGGGGGCUGCAGAUGAGAAACCUCCCUCUACAUCUGCACCUGAUAGGCAACAGGAGGAACGCAGAGGUGAUGGCGUAGACAAAGAGGCGAAUGCAAUCGAGGAGGGCGACGAAAAUGCCUUGCAAGUAGAAAGGGCCCCCAGAGCAAAGCGCCAAAAGCAGAAGAAGAGGAAGAGGGGAGCCAGCAUGGAGGACGAACAGAAAGAGACGUGCUCAGGGGAGUCACCUGCAGAAAAUAAGAACAACAUAUGCAGCGAGCCCACUUCAAAAUCUUCAAAGACCAAGAAGCCGCGCUCCAAACGAGACAAGUUGAGUGGGAGUGGCCAAUAA